AAAUAUUUAAAACAUUAAAAGCGAGUUUAUGAAAAAUGAUCAGGAAAACUGAUGUAUGUUUUUCAUAAAUAAAGAAAUACAAAUAACAACUAGUCAUUCAAGAUGGCGCUGCCCAUGAAAACAUUUUUGUCUUAUCUCAUCAGGGUCUCAUGGCGGCAGGAAACCAAGUCACUACCAUGUUUAUUUCAGCAGUCAGAUUUUAGUAUAAUAAAGCAAAAUCAGAAUCUUUUCUGCUCAAAGACUGAUCAACCAAAUGACAGCACAAAUAGUCAACAAUUUGAUGAAACUCUGCUUCAAGUGCUUGUGUGUCCAAUAUCAAAGAAACCUUUAAGAUAUGAUAAAGAGACUAGUGAACUUGUGAGUGACAGUAUAGGAGUGGCUUAUCCAAUAAAAAAUGGUGUACCAAACCUUGUACCUCAAGAUGCCAGGAUGUUAGAGACACCUAGUGAAACAUAAAUGGCAGGCAAUCAGACAGUUGUACAGAAGAGAAUCAUUUGCAGUGAUGUUAAGCUUGGAAAUUUAUUAGUACAGCUAGCACCAAACAUGUUUCAUGGCAAACUGUGUUUAAAUUUAUACUGUGUAACACAAAAUGACCUUUAAGGUUCAGGUCAUUUAAUGAAUUAAUGAAUGUUUGUGUGCUAUGUUACAGCAAAUUCUAGUAAAAAUAACAUUAACACAACAAAACAUGUAACAUACUGGAACAUAAAGUGAUUAGCCUUUGCCAUCAGUGCCACCACUCUAAACUGUUUGCUGCCUUGCAUUGUGUUCUUGAAGUUUUCAUCUUGAUAACCACAAAACGGAUAAUGGCGAAUCUCAAAAACCGAAAAGUGGACACUCCCAUUCAAAACAUGCAGCAGAUUAAGGGUUAAUGAUGCAAAUUAUAUUUUUCAUCCUACCAAUUUUAUCUUAAGUUAAUUAAGAACAUUACACCCGUAGAAAGAUAUUGAACUCUUUUAAAUGUGACUGAACAAAUUAAAUCUUAACCAUUGCUGAAUGGAUUAACUUACAUAGUAAAAAGUUGAAUUUAAUUUUAUUAUAAAUUAAGGUUUUCAAAAAUAUGAUGUGCAAGAAAGUUAUUGAUAUAUGGUUUGUUAUAAUUAAUUUAUUUGUUUGUUUAUAGUAAAAUAGGAAAAUAAAACAUUUUUGUUUUUAUGAUUAA